GUCGGUCUAGGUCAUGCGAUUUUUCAAAAGCGUCUGAGUAAUGUCUCCAUCACAAGUAUCACAUUCGGUAGGUACCCGGGAGGAACUCAUACGGAAGUAUCAAAAUAUAGUCGAAGAUGUUUCUGAAUCAGAUGAAGCGUCCAUUAAAGCCAAGGAACAGGCGAUUCUGAUCUCGGAAAUCUACUCGCUGAGAAUAAAGAUGCUAAAGCAUUAGCAGAUCUUAUUAUAAUAACGCGUCCGUUUCUCAAACUUAUUAGUAAAGCCAAAGCAGGUCGACUUGUUAGAACUUUAGUGGACUUAUUUUUGGAUCUUGAAGGAGGCACUGGUCGUGAAGUGGAUCUGUGUCGUGAUUGCAUUGAGUGGGCAAAUCAGGAACGACGUGUUUUUCUUCGCCAAGCACUGGAAACCCGACUCAUGGGCCUGUAUUAUGAUAAUGGAAGCUAUGAAGAAGCAUUAAAACUGGGUUCCAGCCUUUUACGUGAGCUGAAGAAACUGGAUGAUAAAGCCCUCUUGGUUGAAGUUCAGCUAAUGGAGAGUCGAGUGUACUAUAGGUUAGGCAAUCUGCAAAGAGCCCGUGCAGCUCUGACAUCAGCACGAACUACAGCUAAUGGCAUAUAUUGUCCACCAAGGUUACAGGCCAAUCUUGAUCUUCUUUCGGGAAUUUUACAUGCUGCUGAUGAACGUGAUUUCAAAACUGCAUUUUCUUACUUCUAUGAAGCAUUCGAGGGCUUUGAUUCGAUCGGUUCAAAACGUGCUGUCGACGCCCUGAAAUAUAUGUUACUGUCCAAAAUAAUGCUGAAUAGCGCUGAUGAAAUCCCAGGUAUUCUAACAAGUAAACUGGCCUUGAAAUAUACAAGCCGGGAUAUUGAUGCUAUGCGAGAAGUCGGGGUGGCUGCCAAAGAACGGUCGUUAGGCGAUUUUUUAUUGCUUCAGGAGAAGUAUAAAGCUGAAUUAUCUGGAGAUCCAGUGAUAAGCCGACAUUUAAAUUCAUUUUAUGAUACUUUAUUUGGACAGAAUCUUCUUAAACUUAUUGAACCGUAUUCCCGUGUUCAGAUUGGUCAUAUUGCUAAGCUUAUCAACAUUCCUUUGGAAACUGUGGAAAAGAAGCUUUCACAGAUGAUCUUGGAUAACGAACACAAUGCGAUUUAGAUACAUAUUCUCCCAACGUGAACCGUAUGGCUCGAUUUCUCCUACCUAUGCAUUUGUGACCACACACACAGUAAACUGGUAAACACAAUGGGGUGGAUGUACUCACUUAUACAGUGUUUUGUUUCUCCACAAUGAUAAUAAGCUUAGCUGCAUAAUAACGUUCCAGACUGUUCAAUAUGUAUUGCGCAGCUACACAUCACAUUGUUCAGAUAAACUUCAUUUUUUCUAACUACACUAUCUGAAUCUUAUUAUUACUUGUCCUUAGUGCGUUUGGUAACUUUUUUCACUUAUUAGAAUUACUCCCAAGUUCAUUCUCAAAAACUGUUAAGUUAUUAACAACUAUUCAUGAUUAUGGUUUGACGAGCAGGUUUAUGUUUUGCUUGACAGUAACUUCUUGUAUUGUUUAUUCAGAUUGGUUUUCACCAUGAGGUAUGUACAGUCUCUUUAGUACACACCGUAUGCUUUGUGAGACCUAUCAGUUUAAUGAAAAUUUGGAGAUGAACUAGAAACGUAGUAUAUUCAAAACAAGUUGCACGAAAUGUAGUUGUAUUUUUUCUUCGAAAUGCUCAGUUCUUUAUUACUUUUGCAAUCCCACUUUUGUUCUCUUCAAUAGUGCGUGUCUGUUAUUGUUGUUAUUAUGAAAACUGUUAUUUUUAUCAUCCUGUCUAGUGUAAAAUUUGCCAUGUGAAACUUAUUCUCCUCCCACCUCUUACGUGUAUUGGGUCAGUAAACACUCCUUAACUUGAUUAAGCGGCACUACUAUGAACAGUAAAGACUGUCUUUUAUGGAAAUUUAUUUCCUGUUUGAUAGACUUGGCAUUUUGAUCUUAUUAUACGUUUUUUCUUAUACUUUUCACGAUUUUUCAUCUAUUGAUCUGUUGAUGGUGUACAUUCUCUAGUUUUCACCUCCCAGAUGUCGCGUUCUUAUUCCUGGUUACAGGAUCACUCGCUGAUUACGCCUAUCAUUGGUACGAUCCAGUCAUUGAGGCUUAGUUUUCAGUAUCUAACUACGGACCUUGUUUUUUUGUUUAUCUAACAGUAUAUCAUCAUUGUUCAGAAUGUGUUUGCCAAUUAUUUAACUCCAUUGUUUUGUUUUCCUAAAGGGAUUCUGGAUCAAGGUUCUGGUGUUUUGGUCCUAAGAGAACCGGAAUGUGAGGGUAAAGAUUACCCACUGGCAUUAUCUGCAGUACAAUCUCUUGGAGGUAUUGUGGACAUGCUUUUUCAGAAGUCCACAAAGUUAAAAUGAUUUGAAUAUUGGGAAUUUAUGACUGUUUCUUAAUAAAACCUACUUACUUGA